UAGAAACGCUGGUCGCCUGGCAACCAAGGAGUUGGUUCCGUUGCUAAGGAGCACUGCUGCCGCCUGGCCGGGAAAUCUGAGGCCUGCAGCUCGGAGAACUGUGGAGAGAUGGACGCCACCACCAAGCCCCUGAGGAUCCCCCCGCAGAUGGCUGUGUAUGCGGAGGAGCACAAGGUGUUCGAUAUCAUCCAGAAAAUGGUGCAGAAGCUCCUCAUAGACAGACCAGAAGACCCCAUCCAGUAUUUGAUUGACCACCUGCGGAAGGAUAACGAUGAAGUGCCGCGCCUUAUUGUUUUGGGCCCACCUGCAUCAGGAAAGCACACUAUAGCAAAGAUGCUAUGUAAGCGUAUGAAUGCCACUCACCUUUCUCCAGAGAAUAUGUUGUCAAAUGAUGUCUCGGCGCUGGUGGAAGAAGCUCGAUCGUACAAAGAUAAAGGCCAGGAAAUCCCAGACGCUCUGUGGGCCAGGAUCAUUCAGGAGCGACUGUCAAAAGUGGACUGCGUGAAACGAGGCUGGGUUCUGGAGGGGUUUCCCCGCACAAGAGAGCAGGGCUUACUGCUGCAGAUGAACGGCUCAUCUCCUGAUCACGUUGUGGUGCUGGAAGCCCCAGAUAUUGUCCUUAUUGAGCGAAACAUGGGAAAGAGAGUUGACCCCACCACUGGAGAUGUGUACCAUGCAACCUUCGAUUGGCCAGAUGACCCAGAUGUGCAGAAAAAUCUAGUUGAACCAGAAGGGAUCUCAGAGGAGGAAACUGGACAGAAACUGUUAGAAUAUCAUAGAAAUGUUGCAGGAAUCCUGCGUACCUUUUCCAAAAUACACAAGGAGAUCAAUGCUGACCAGCCGUGCAUGGAUGUCUUUUCUCAAGUUCUGACCUUCGUUUUAAGCAAGCCACGCUCUCUGGCCCCACAUACGCCACGUGUUCUUCUCUGCGGGCGGCCGGGAAGUGGAAGGAGUCUACAGGCUGCAUUACUGGCACAGAAAUACGAUAUUGUGAACAUUUCUUGUGGUCAGGUUCUCAAGGAAGUUGUUGCUGACCAGACGAAGCUGGGACAGUUGAUUGAGCCAUAUAUAGAGAAUGAACAGCAAGUUCCGGAUAAUCUUGUCCUGAGGGCCCUCAUUGAUCAUCUCAGCAGGCUGGAGUGCAGCACACGUGGCUGGGUGCUAUACGGAUUCCCAAGAGACCUGGAGCAGGCCGGUCUGCUGAAUGACGCAGGAUUUAUUCCCAACAGGGUUUUCUUCCUGGAUAUCCCAGACGAUGUUGCUGUGGAGCGCCUGUCUUUGCGGAUGACAGAUCCGGUCUCCGGAGAGAGGUAUCACGGCCUCUACAAGCCGGCCCCGAGAGUAGAGGUACACCAGCGUCUUCAGCAGAACCCGAAGGACUCGGAGGAGACGGUACAGACGAGCUUAGACAUGUAUUACGCUAAUGCCGAGGAGCUGGAGGAAUUUUAUCAAGAUGUCAUUCACGUUAACGCUGAUCAAGACCCAUACACGGUCUUUGAGUUCAUUGAGAGCUGCAUUGUCAAGCCCCUUCCCAUGAGCCUCCCCGGGGACCCUCCGUCUCCCUAAUCACUGGCAGCACAUACAGCGCUCCCUAUUAGCUGAAAUGAGCUAGCGCUGAUCCAGAGGUUGUGUUUUUUAUUCCACCCAAGGCUGCCAAGUUUCUGCACUCUCAGUGCCAGUAAGUUCAGCCGUGUCGCUGUGGAACACUUACCUCAAAUACAAAGAGACGCUGUUCUCUUAGAUUCCUCACAGUGUAUUUCA